GCCAUUUUUGGUGGGUGAGAGGAAGAGCAUCAGCCAGGCUUCUAGCGAUGAAGAGUUAGAAUCAGCGGAGGUAAGAGCUCUUUAGUGGGAGUAACUAGAUAAGGCUUAGAUAAAUUUGUCUGGAGAACACAGAAUUAUACUAAAGAUUUUAUAAAUUCAGUUUAUAAAAUGAAACUGUUGGUGUAAUUUCCUUAGUAAAGAUCAGUGUGGUGUAACAACCGUACAGCAUGGAAAUAGCUCAGACUCCAUGCUGUAUGGCUGUAACCCCACACUACUACGAUUUUUAGCAAUUUUGGAAAGGUAUGCCCAUGGAAAAUGUCUACCAUGGAUGCACUUCAAGUGCUGGGAGACCAUGGCUAGCCUGUGUCCGUGUGACUGUACUUGGAACUGUGACUUAGCGGGCUGGCUCUGUGCAGCCCGAGGAGAGCAGGCAAAGCAAAGCCCAGGGCUGUGCUCUUGUGUUUUCCAAAAGCUCUCCUCAGUCUGCAGACAUCAAAGAGAGCUGUGCAUGUGAAAUAAAAUCCCAGGUUUUGAGAACGUUGGGAAAAACUUGUGUAAUCUCCGUGCCUUGCUCAGCACACAGAAAGAGGGAAAUUAGGUAAACGCUGCUACAGUGGCAUGUAAAACAGCGUCUCUAGGCAAAGUGAUGGGGUGGUAGGAGAUGGGAAAUCAUAAAAUUCAGUGUUACAGAAAGGAUAAUAAAAUUCAGCAUGAACUAGAUGGGUGAUGCUGUUAGUAGAGGGAGCUGUGAGCUGUGUGAUCGGUAAAUAUGCAAACAGACCACGGUUGGUUUUUUUUCAGGCUCCUGGCAUUAGAAAUAGCAAGUAGAGGAACCAGAGCUAGUGGUGCAGAACAUGAAACUGGAGAUUAUAGGGAUAAUAUCAAUCUGCAAGAACAGUAAUCGUGACUUUAACAUGUAUUCGAGAUUAGGUAUGGUUCAGAUAGGGUAGAUGUAAAAGGUGAUAGGCUGUAUUGUAUCCAGUAGACUGUAAAGAAGAAAAAAGGGUAAUACUGAUAACACAGGAUCUAUUCCUGGUCAAAAUUGCUGUGGGGAAGAAUGGUAAAAGAGGUCCCAGGGGGAGCCCUGUGAGUCUGCUGAAUUCUCUCCUAGGAUUGGAUUCGGAUACAGACUCGAGUCUAUGAAAUGAUAUUAUUCCCAGAGCCAUUAGAGAGAUAAAUAUUAGUACGAGAAACUUUAAUUUCUCAGAUAUAGCUUGGAGAACAAAUGCUGCUAAUAGUAACAGGGUUGGAAGAUUUCUUCACUGUAGCAACAUCUGUUGUUGAGACAGUGGAUGUAUCAUAGCCAGUGCAACUGCUGCAGGAAAACAAGCUCUUCAGGAGCCUCCAUGUCCCCAGCUUGGGACUGGGUGAUGGUGGUACAAACCUCAAUACGUGAAGCAGCAUCUUUAAUGAGGUCAGGGAGCUGGAUUGAAAAGUGAGACGCUCAAAUGUAGAGCUGUGUGCUGGUGGGGAUUUUACUUUCUUUUCUUUUUGUCAGUGGUACUUCGGAUGCAGGUUCCUGAUGAUACAAGUAAAGGAAGGAAGAGCUUGUAUGUAAAAACUUCAACUUAAGUGGAGCCCUAAUCAUCUUAGAAAGGAUAGUGGGUGCGAAAGGAGAGUUUACAAGAGACAGAAUAAAGAAUCCGCAGAGCCUGCUCUGUCUUCAGGGUCAAGAAAUGUGGGGACAAAGGGGAGAGCUGCCAAAAAACUGGCUGGAUUAAACCUUGCAAAUGUUACUAAGAGAAUGGGUGAUAGUUUCUGGAAAUACAGCGAGAGAGAAAGAAGGAUGUGGGGCCACUCAGUGUUGAGGACAAGAUAAUUAAGGGAGAUAAAUCUGUAGGGUAAAGUAGAUAGAUAAAUCAAUAGAUAUACCUAAGAUAUUUAUAUAUAUAUAUAUAUAUAUUUAUAUAUAUAAUAUUAUAUAUAUAUUAUAAAUAUAUACAUAUAUAUAUACACACAUACCUGUAAGGGAGAUAUAAACAAAAGCAAAUGUUUUUGUCUUGCUGAAAGAGUUGAUCAUGGGCACAGAGGAUGGGUAGUGGGCAUGGAAUUACUGUAGAGCAGCCAUGUUAGAGACAUGUCGUGGGCCUGGGGCGUGUGGGCUGGGCUGGGGAGCGGGUCUGUGUGAGCAGCAAUGGUACCUGAUUCUGAAAGUGAGAGAACAAAGCUGCAGAUCUAAUGCAAGUUUUACUAAUGCUAUCUAAUCAGGAGUGGUAUCAUUUGCUUGGAGAAAAGGAAGCAUCACAGCCCUCUUCGUAGGGGAUGACCUGAGUAAGUACAGACCUGUUGGUCCAGCCUCUUGUAUGCAAAAUCUGAGAUGGAAGUAGUAAUUAAAGACUAGGACACUAGGGAAGAAUGGGAUAAAAUGCAGCACAGAUUCAUCAGAACAUGACUGUGCCAGAUCAACCUAUCCCUUUAAAAUAACAAUUUGUUUUCUUAAUGGGUUGACAAGUCCUGUCGUAGCACAGAUCCUACAGCGUGAUGGUGGUACUACAGAGGAAGAUGCUAAGGAGGCAAAAGAAGGUGUAGUUCAGUGCUGGAACUGUGAAAUGAAUUAGCUGCUAACCGUCUUGUUCUGGCUAAUGUCUUUUUUCAUUCAAAAAAGCAGAGAAAAGAUGAAUGCAGGCUAGCUCAGGUGGAAGAAAGGGCUUCUAGAGAUUGGGGAAUAGAAAGCCUGUCGUGAGAAAAGACUGGAACAGCUGCUUGUUUAGAGGGGAUACAUCAGGGAGGUUAAUUGUAAGGGAAGGCAAAAAUACGUUUAAGCCAGAGGACAGCACUGGCAGAGGAACAAAGGACAAGCAGAAAUUGUUGAGGAAUAACUUUAAGGCUGAGAUGAGCACAGCCCCCAGCUGCUGACGGGUGAUGUUCUAGAGCAGGCUCUUGCCCAGGGGAGAGAGCGUAGCUGCAGAACCUGAUUCAAAGAUGUAGCCAGCUGAACCUUAGGAAGGGAUUAGGUUAUGUUAUAACCUAUAUAUGUAUAGUAGCAGCUGAUCUGAUUCUUUGUGUCAGAAGGUCUCUUCCAGCCUGAAUAUUGCUGUGAUUUUAGGAUUUUCUUGUCUGCGUAAGCGUUUGCAGGAACAAGGCUAUGGUUAUACCACAGUUACCUAACUUGUGUUACUGGAAAUACACGUACAUGGCAAGUUAUAUGGUAAUGUAGUUGGGCAUUUAUCUCUGAAUAAAAUUAUAGAGUGCAGCCUUCUUAGAUUUGACUGAUACUGUUGUUGCGAGUCAGCGUGCAGUGGAAGACCAGCUAUAUGGACAGUAGUUCAUUACUGGUCAGUAAAGUGUGGCUAGUCCUGCUGUGUCCAUACCGGCAGGUGCAAGUUUAAAGCUAGUUUCAGUUUUCUCUGGGACACAGGGGACGUGAUUCUGUGAUUGCUGCAUUGUCACCCAGGUCUCCUCAUGUUGGUUAAGGCAAAGUUCUUAUAUCUGCUUUAAGAACUCAAAAGCAUUGCAGGUCUAUGUGUAUCUGCUGUAGCUGAAGCAACCAAGAGGCUGGGUGAUACUCCCUGCUCCCCCCCCCACCUUGUUUUGUUGUGCCUGUUUGACAGUUAUUUAUAGAUAGCAAGAUAUCUGCACUAGGAUUUGGAAAUGCUUUAUUCCCUGGAGGCCCGGUUGAAAAUAACAAAAAUUGGAUUGUGAAAUAAAUGUAAGGUUUUUAACUUAGUUAGGGAUUUGCUUUUAAAACCUGGGGCAGUAAUAUGGAGUAGCAAAAACAAGAUGUGGAAAAAGACUUUGGGUUUUUGUAAAUUAAUGCCUUUUCAUAAGCAGAUGUUAUAGGAGAUACUAAAUUGCCUGAAUGCAUAACAAUGAGCUGUGCAAAAGAAUGAGGGGCAGACACCUAUUGAACAUGUGGUUACAGGAAGGGGGAAGAAAGAAGAACAUUGACUGCUGAGAGGAAACCUGAUCCAGUCUAUGCCCUGCGGUGGGACUUACGGGGAUGGCAAUGAAGGGAAGCCGAGCGAUCUAAGUAAUUAAAGGGGGGCUUUAAUAAAGAUAGGGGACAGACUCUUCAGCAGGGUCUGUUGGGGGUAGAACAAGGGGAGAGAGUUUAAAACUACAGAAGGGGAGAUUCAGACUGGAUAUAAGAAAAGGGAUUUUUACAAUAAGGGCAAUGAGGCACUGGCACAGGUUGCCCAGAGAGGUGGUGGAUGCCCCAUCCCUGGAAACAGCCAAGGUCAGGCUGGAGGGGCUCUGAGCACCCUGAUCUACCCUGUUCAUUGCAGGGGAGGUGAACUAGAUGGCCCUUAGGGGUAAUUUCCAGCUCGAUUCUGUGGUAAUCUUCUGGAGGUGAGCUCCAGAAAGUUGGUCUGAGACAGGGGGCACAUCAACUGGGCAAAGGCAGAAGAUGGAUAUCUGUUUGGGAGUCAUCCUUCUUCUGCAGCAAGGAGGAUAGAAGCAUAGCUGCUUUCCCAUUUAUGGACAAUUAAUUUCUCUGUUGUCUGUGCAAAUCUUCAGACAAAAACGACGACUGUAGAAAUGUUUUGUUGGUGGCGUUUAAGAAAUAGAAAAUGGCACGCUUUGUACUCCCCAAAUUUGGCCAGGAGUGGCCCUAGAAAAGCUGAUGAGAGUGGGUGGCAACUGUCACUGCUGCUCACGUGGCUCAUAGCUGUCCUUCCGCGAAGGGUCUCAGCAGAAAGGGUGUUGGGGGCAGAGGACAUGCCAGGAGCUGCCCUGCUGCUGGAGAGGUCAGAGGCUGCGCUUUAGGCGCCCGUCCCCACGUUGUGAAGUGCCAUGCAUGCAAAGUGCGCUAGGUAAUGUAACCUCUUGGGAAAAAAAAGAAAAAGAGGAAAACAGAAAUUAACUCCUUCUGAAGGGAAGGAAUUUAGUUGCAAGCCGAGGGCAGAGCUCUGACUUUCAGUUCUUUUUUUUUGUUUGUUUUAGUGUCUGAAGUAAAGUGAAGGUAACCACAAGAAUGCAGUAAGGGGGCAGAGAGAAGGAGGGAAGGAAACCCAGCUCUCUUGGCUCUAAAGCUGAUAAUCUCUGAAUGCUGUCAUGCAGAAAUGGCUUCGAGAGCCAUGGAAAGAGCGGGUAGGUAGUACCCAGCUGCACUACGUAGGAGCUAAAGAUCAGAAAUGGUUAAAGAAAACAAUCAAAACAAAAAAACCCACCCAGACUACGAACCACCCCACAGUGUGCACUGGAAAGAGUAGAGGGGAUUUGCAGAGCUUUCCUUCGUUUUGAUCACUGUAGCAUUCUCACUUUGGAGGCCUCAGAGGGAGGGUGCUUAACCUGCUCGGAGGACGGCUGGAAUUAUGUGUAGGUUUGGGCUGCCGACCGUUUGGUAGACUGGGCGCAGCCAUGGGCAGCAGCUCACGCUCUUUGCCGUGGGCGCUCAUCCCCCGCCCGUGUGGUAUCUUCUAAGAAUCACUGGUGGGCUCUCGGGUUUCGGUAACACGUCCGGCGCAUGGGGCCGGGCCGGGUGAACCUGCUGGCCUUUUGUCAGAGCAGCCCAGCAUCUGUCCCCGUCAGUUAUCCCUCCCCGGGAACGCGCCCGCGUCUUUGGAAAAGGUGCUGGGGAGGGGGACGCUUCCAAAAACGGGCACAACAACUGGCUCUGCCCCAUGGCCCCAGGGCAGCGCCGAUCCCCCGGGGGGAGCGGGACAGCUGACAGCGGGUGACCCGCUGGCCCUGGGGUCCCCUGGCCUGGCUCCCCCCUGGCAGCUGCCCGGCCCCGGUGCGGGGCGAGGGUGAGGUGUCAGCCGAUACCCAGCCCGAAACAGAUCCCUUGGCGCGAGGCACCGAGGUGGCCGCUCUCCUCUGCCCCCCUCCGCAGCACCAAAGGGUUCUGCGAUGCUAAUCCCAGCACCUGUCCCUGCCUGGGGCGGCAAGGAGAGUUUGGGGUUGGGGGAGGAGCGGUCCCAUAUGUUUUUCGCUGUCCUGGAUUGGGAGCGUUCCCUCUGACGCACCUAGAGCCCAGAACAUAUGCUCUCUUCAGAUCCGAAAUGCUGUCUGCUUCCUUCCAUCGCCGGCGGCUGCAGCGAGGAUCCUGCCUUCCCUGCUCCCCGGCAGCCGCGCCACUUGCUGCCCGGGCACUGCAGGACGCCGUGCGCUCGAGGCUUCCAGGGCCAUUCUCCGUACGGGAUUUCUAAUUUUAGGAGCCUCCGCUGCGUAUGGUUGAGCGCUGCCUCGCUGGAUCCCAGAAGAGAGGGGCCGAGCCGAGCCGAGCCAGGCAGCGCCUUUUUAUUUUCAGCUGAGCCAGUGUCAACCUGAGUGGCCCCAGAGGCCUGAGCCAAGCACUGCGCAGGGCUGCCAGAGUCCUUCCCACCAGGCUGAGAGACGGAGGCUUGCGUCUGAAGCCUCCAGUCCCGCGUCCUCUUGGCCUUCACCUGGAGGAUCUUUGGCUAUGUAUGGUGUGUAUUGUAUGGAUUACCAAUACCCAGUCGUCCAGGGUAACCAGGAGCCAGCAGCAACUCCUGAUGCAAUGGUGCAGCCAUUCACCACAAUCCCAUUUCCGCCACCCCCACAGAACGGGAUUCCCACAGAGUAUGGGGUGCCACACACUCAGGACUAUGCAGGCCAGACCAGCGAGCACAAUCUGACGCUCUACGGGAGCACGCAGCCACACGGCGAGCAGAGCACGACCACAGCCAGCACGCAGAACGGAUCUCUCGCACAGACAGAAGGAGGGGCACAGACAGAUGGACAGCAAUCACAGACACAGAGCAGUGAGAACACCGAGAGCAAAUCCACUCCAAAACGACUUCAUGUGUCUAACAUUCCCUUCCGCUUUCGAGAUCCUGACCUUCGACAGAUGUUUGGGCAAUUUGGCAAAAUCCUUGAUGUAGAGAUAAUCUUUAACGAGCGCGGCUCCAAGGGAUUCGGGUUCGUAACUUUCGAGAAUAGUGCUGAUGCAGACAGGGCCAGGGAGAAAUUACACGGCACCGUGGUAGAGGGCCGUAAAAUCGAGGUUAACAACGCCACAGCACGAGUGAUGACCAAUAAGAAGAUGGUCACGCCAUAUGCAAAUGGUUGGAAGUUGAGUCCUGUGGUUGGAGCGGUGUACGGCCCUGAGUUAUAUGCAGCGUCCAGCUUUCAAGCAGAUGUCUCGCUGGGCAAUGACGCCGCAGUGCCCCUGUCAGGAAGGGGGGGUAUUAACACUUACAUUCCUUUAAUCAUUCCAGGCUUCCCCUAUCCAACUGCAGCCACUACAGCAGCCGCAUUUCGGGGAGCCCACCUGAGGGGCCGAGGAAGGACGGUUUAUGGGGCAGUCCGGGCAGUACCUCCUACAGCCAUCCCUGCCUACCCAGGAAUAGUCUUACAGGAACCAAUCAUUAGCGCUAAAAUACCUCAGGGUGGAUACGCAGCCUACAGAUAUGCACAGCCUGCUACUGCAACAGCAGCCACGGCCGCUGCAGCCGCUGCAGCAGCUUACAGCGAUGGUUAUGGCAGGGUGUACACAGCAGAUCCUUACCAUGCCCUUGCCCCUGCCGCUAGCUACGGAGUUGGCGCUGUGGCGAGUUUAUACCGAGGUGGCUACAGCCGAUUUGCCCCCUACUGAAGUGACGUGAGCCCCCUGCAAGUGGGACAGCCCCCCCAGUUCAUGAGGCCUGGCUAUUGCAAUAUUUACUAGUAGAGGAACUCUAUAGCAAGACGAGGAGGAAAAACAAAAACAAAAGAGAAUACUUUUUUAUACCUCACUAUGUUCUUUGAAUAUGUAUUUUUUUUCCUUUAAAUUUCUGCCUUUAAUUCUUUUGUUCCAAAGAUUGUGCUUUUUUUUUUUGCUUUUUUUUUUUUUUUGGAUUUUUUUUGUUUGUUUUGUUUUCAUUUAAUUUUUUUUUUCUAUUUUAACUGUGGUAAAACAACAACAAAAAAAAGAAAAAAAAAAAAAAAGAUGCAUUUCCGUGCCUGUAUGUUGGUGCGUAGCUUAUCCUACCGAUCACGGAAAAGGCGAUUAGCGAUAAGGAAAGCUGUUAGAAACCGCUGCCGUGCGAUUAAUCAGGAACACGCAGACACAGUUACUGCCCCGGGCCUGGCGCUCGGUGCCCGGGAGGCAGGAGGACGUGAGGGAGAGGAGUCUCCACCUGCCGCGUUCCUGCUCUGCGGAAGGAAGCGCCCUUUGGCUGUGGCUGGGACCUGAAUGCUGGCAGGAGAUUUUGCGUAUGGAGGAGGGGGAAAUGCGGAGACUUCCCUGCUUGUUUUUAUCGGCGCCCGACGCGCACGGGUUUGGGACAGUUGCAGCAGUGUCAGGACUUUAGACUCGGCGAGAGAAGAUUUCCUCAACCUGCCCAAAGACUUUGGCUGUUACCGCUGCAUAGGGGACGAGACUUUGAGAGGAGUUUUUGAGGAGGAGGAUCCCUCCCUCCCGCACACGCGACUUACUCUAGCUGGUCAUUGUCCAUUGCUGGUGGCUGUAACUCUCUUAGUUUUCCAUCCUCCUUUUCGAGACCCUUCUCCCUUGCUGUCCCUUUGCUCCCUCUCUUCCUCGAGGAGCGGCUGACGCGGGGCAGCAUCGCACAGUACCUCUGCUGCGGACGGCAAGCGGUUCCGGCUGCGUGCGGCCGCGAUGAUGAAGAAGGCUGUGGCUGAAGAAACGUGCAUCAGUGCUGACGUCCAGCCAGCAAGGUCUCUCCUUCUGUGCUCAUCCUGAGCUGCUUAGGCGCUGCGGCGAGCAAUCUGUUUCUAGUAAUGUGAGUGAGGAAAAGCGAGUCAGUGUAUAAGCUGCUGAGGUGAGGGGCACACGCGUGUGGGUUUGUCUGGGGGAAGAGCGUCCUUUGUGUUCAAACGUGAUCCUGAAGUGGUUUCGUUUCGAUCAGGAGUUUGGGGGGGAGGCAGGAGCAGCUUGUACAAGCUCUGAAUUCAUAGGAACUUCCCACCGCAAGCUAGAUCUAAGGCCCUUUCAGUCACGUUGGAGCCCCGAGUCCGUUCUGCCCAGCCUCCCAUAGAACACUGUGCACCUGGGCUGCUGGGUCCAUAAUGACACUACAUAUGACAAGAUUUGGAAGUGGAGAGCCUGCUCGGGGUACAGCUCCAUGACCCCCCCCCUCCAGCACUGCCUCUCUUCUCUCCCCAGCAGCGACUUGGCUGGGCUGCAAAGUUGGCAUUCUUGGCUGACCUCCACCCUAGGUUCCCAGCAGCCCCGGUGCUCGGAGGGAAGUGCUCUUACACCAUCCCUAAGCCGUGUUAGAGAAGCGUGGUUUCACUGGGCUGCCUCAACUCUUGCUUCUUAGAAGGGCUUCUUGGAGCAUGGGUUUGUUGGUGGAGCCUCUCCUACUCCCGCCAUACCCCUGCUUCUCCAUCCACUGCUGAUACCAGAAUAGGAAACCUCCUGCAUUUAACACUAAACAAUGUCCCCAUGCUGAGCUCCCGGGGAGGUGUCCUGGCCCAGCCACGCACAGCCACGCAUUCUUUGCUCUCCCCCAGUGAAACACAGCCUCUCUGGGUGCAGCAGAGGGGAAGGAUGGGGAGACCAUUAGUUAAGCUAGAGACCCUAAAGCUAUUGAUUCUCUGGAGGAAUAGCUAGAAAAAGGGGACACCAAACUGCCAGCCUGUUGGCCACCUUUUGCUGUUUUAUUUUUCGUUGUUGUUUUUUUCCUGGUUUUGUUGUUGGUUUUUAAUUUUUUUUUUCCAAGCCAAAGUUUGGUUUGUUGCUGUUGUGACGAUUUUUUUUUUGUUUGUUUGUUUGUAUAUAAAUAUUUUAGUUAGAUUGAAAUAAACGGGGAGGGGGGCACAGGGUGUUGGGGCUUUCACAAAAACUAGGAAAUGAGAGGGAAUCGGGGCUCCUGGGGGCUGUCGCUGAGCUGCAGGAGGCUCUGUGGUAGGAGCAGUGUGAGGGGAGCCGUGCCCACCAUGGGGCUCACACCCCUCUGCCCGUUCCCUGCAGUUCGGCUCAGUUGGUUCUCGCCCUUCUCACCCACCCCCAACUCUGCCUCUCGGGCGCAGGAGGCCGGCCCCAUUUCUGCUUCCCAGCAGAGUGUCUAUGCACGGCAGCUUCAGCCCACCCGCGUCUGGCGAGAGGCCAAGGGGCUUCGUUGCGGUGCCCCGCUGUACGAUCUCCAAGUAGAACCUGCUCCAGAGCAUCUUGGUUCCUCCUGCUCCCAUCGCUCCCCACUGGGCUCCCAAAGUCUGAAACGUUGCAGUGAGCAGCAGGAGCGCCGUGCUCCCCUUUGGCAAACAGCAGGUGUGGUUUUGCUUGGAUCAUUACGAGGUGCGUUCAGAGCAGCCAAGCCUUGGCUAUACUGUCUUCUGGAGGAGUGAGGACAGAGCCUAUAUCUCCCUAUGCAAAAUGAGUUGCUCUUAAUGAGUUUAACUGGGUCCUGGCUUGUCUGGCAGACAGCAGCUUACAUUGUCCCCGAGGUGGCUCUGCAGGCAAGUGUCCAGGGCUUGGCUUUCACAGGGACAGCACGGGCUGGCACAGAGCUUGCUGCUGUCAUCUCUUGUCUCGUGGCACCCAGGGGUUCCUCUUGGUGCAGAGGAAGGGAAGUUCCUCUGAGUGCUGCUGUCUGUUCCAUCUUACAGUGGAUCUGGCCAGCGCACCAUGUUAUACUGAUACAAUUUUGAACUGAAGAGCUCCUUUUUUUUCUUUAAUAUGCCGGUCUGUCUUUCCUUGAGGGUGUAGUUGUGCUGGUAUACAGCUGAAUUCUACUGGCGUAGCACACUCUCUACUGGGAAUAGGUCUCAUUGGUGCCUGGCGUGCAGCAUAACCCUCCCCCCACUACCCAGCUGCUAGGAAAAGCUGUGCUGGGAGCUGGGCCUGCGGGGAGCUCACCCAGGUCCGGGUGGAUCCAGUGAGGGGUUCAGAGAGACAAAGCCAUGUUUUGAAGUAGCCUGAGGGAGAGCAGGCUGGCCCAGCAAGGACUUGCUCAGGAGGCCUGUGGUUCAGUCAGGGCUCUGUCAGUGACCUUCACGUCACUGCCCUAGGCUUGCUUCCCCAUCCCUAACGCGCAGGUAAUAGUUUAUUCCCUGUUCUCACCCAUUUUAUCUGUGGAAGCGUGCAGCACGAGGGCUGUCGGAGUACCAGGCUCAGGUGUUAGCUGCGGUGCCGUUGGUGCCACCAUCUCAUCGCCCACCCUUCUCAUCCUGGAAGGAGACGUGGGCUGCUCGCUGGUGUAGAGAGCUCCUGAAGUGGGGAGUGCAGAGCCCCCCAGUUGGUUCCUACCCACAUACAUCCCCAUCCCUUCCCUGCCUGCGUCGCGGCUCAGCCCCAAAGCAGGAGACGGGCAGAGAACGUGCUGGGGAGCACUUGGAAACUUAUCAAAGGGAAACCACUGUGGGCUCCGGCUCCGCAGGGGAGGCGUGUGGGGAGCUGCAGCCCUUGGUGCAGAGGGUGAUGGUUGAAGCGUGUUACCUGUUUGCACUGUUUUAAUAUAGGAGUGGGGGGGAAAUGAAACCAACCCAACCUAGUGAAUGCGAUGAGCAUCCAAUGUAAAACUUCUUUGUGUUUUUAUUUUGUCAUGCUCUUGGAAAAUGUCAAACAUUUUGUAGUAUGCACCAGUGAGACUUGAUUCUUUGUUGCAUAAAACACUAUUUUUGGUGAUGUUAAUGUCUGACGAGCCCCUUCCCUCCGCCCCACUUUACUGGUUGCCCUCUCUACCCUCAAAUCUCGGUCAAACCUCUCUUCUGCAACAACAACUCCAGUCCCCAAGGCGAGCAGGAGGCCGACGGCCAGCGUGUGAAAUGGGGCCCUACUCAAGCAGGCUCAGGGCUUUUCCCCGGUACGUGUUCCUCUAGCAGAACUCGGCAGGACAGCCCCCAUCCCUCCCCAGCGUGCGUCGAGGGCAGCCCCAUGCGGCUGCGGGCGUCCGGGUCCUGUCCCCGCUGCCGACUCCACAUUGGGAAGCACUGCCAGUGACCAUCCCCUGGGUACCGGGCUGCGCCUCUUGGCGAGCCACAAUCUUUACCUGAUUCUCCGGGAGACUGCUGGUGUCUGAAGCCGUCCACCCCACCGCUCAUUUGGCUGGCAGUCGGUAAAAUGCCACUUCAUAUUCCCUCACCCUUUUUUUUCCUGGAGUGGGUCAAUGAGAAAUCUUUUACCGGGCUCCCAGUUCUCCGCUGGUGGAGGGGCUCAUUGCUUCCCCAAGGAGUGUGCGUUCCUUGCAGCAUUCAGGCCUCCCACAGGAGCAGCCUCAGUUUUGGUCCUGUUUUCCUAUGAUUUUGUUUGUUUGUUUGUUUGAUCACAGUAUUUUGUGUGCGUGUUGUAGUUUUGGCAGCUUGGAUUUGGCUGCGUUACCACGUGACGAAAUAAUCCUCUUUUACCCCAGGGGAUGUGAUUUGGUUUGGGGCUUUUUUUGUUUUUCUUUCCUUUUUGUUUUGUUUUGUUUGGGAUUUGUUUUUUUUUUUUUUUUUUUCCUAUGAUAGAAUCCUGCUUGUAAAUAGCUGGAGCUCAAACUUGGGGCCCGCAGCAGCCUCAAAGCGGGGCUGCAGAGCGAUGCCGACUGGCAGAGCGUGGCGCUGACCUCCCAGCCUGACCUGCUGGAGACCCGGAGGGUUCCCGUGCGAGGCCGAGAUGCCGCAGCACCUCCCGAGGCAGCGACAGACUUGCCCCUCCCCACGGCCCCCCCAGCACCUCCCAUUGCCAGGUACCGCCGGGGAGCGGGACGUGCCCCCAUGGACGCGGCCCCUUCCCCUGGCCCAUUUCCUAGGACGCCCGAGCCGCUUGCCCAGGGUCCCAUUUCCCCGCUGACUCUGGAGAAGCAGCAGCUGCAUCCCAGGGCUUUGUGACAGCCUCUUGACUUCCCACCCUCCCUCGUUAAGUAUCAUAUUGUAUAGUAGCUUUCAGACCAUACAGUAUUCAUUGGGUUAUUCCUAUAAUUAUCAAGUAGCUGGAAUUGUGAAGGUCGGAGUAGUUAGAUCUUUAGCUUUUAUUCCUUUUUUUUGUAUUACUAUCCAUGUGUAUAAAUUAUUGAUCAUGUUGCUGGCUUUUAUAAACUCUAAGCAAGGGGGGAAACCCUUCCUAACCCUUUGCAAAUGGUAAUGAAGCACUGUUUUUAAAUAAAAGAGAGAAACACCA